AUGCGGCAAGGUGUGGAUACUUUCAUCGUCCGUAUCAUGUCCUCAAGUCAGUACGGACAUCCUACACUCUCUACUGGGGACCGAACGGAAAAUGCCACCCUCAAUGGGGAUAUAUCAAUCUCGGAAAAGAACAAAGAGAUCAAGGCCAAGAACGAGCGAUUUGAUGGUAGAGAUCUAGAAGCCGCGACCACUGGGGUUGUCGCUGUGGAUGAUACUGCACCAGGAGGUAUGUCGGAGAUGGAGAGAAAGCAAAUCGAAGCUGGGAAUCCAAAUAUCGUCGACUGGGAACCCAAUGACCCUGGAAAUCCAUUGAACUGGAGUAGCAGCAGGAAAUGGUUCAAUAUGGGUACUGUCGGCCUGAUGUGCUUUGUCUCGCCUUUCGCGUCGACACUACCGGCCCCAGCCUUACCCACGAUUGCGCACAACUUCCGUAUCACGAAUUCAAGCGUUGCGGCCCUUUGUAUCUCCAUUUUUAUUCUUGCAUAUGCGUUUGGUCCACUAGUCGCCAGUCCUGCGUCUGAACUCUAUGGGCGAGCACCCGUUUACAAGGCGUUCUUCGUCAUCUUCUUUCUAUUCAACAUCGGAUCCGCUCUUGCCAAAAAUACAACCCAGUUUAUUCUUUGCCGUUUCUUUGCUGGCAUCGGUGGCUCUGCUGCCAUUACUGUCGCCGCUGGUGUAGACUUGUUUCGCUCGGAGCAGCGAGGGGCAGCAAUGUCUACCGUAAGCUUGGGACCACUUCUUGCGCCCAUCAUUGCCCCAGUGAUUGGUGGCUUCAUGGCUGAGCGAUUAAACGUGUCAUGGUCCCUUUGGCUACUUUCCAUCCUCUCUGGUCUCGUGAUGAUAUUUUCAUUUGUUUUCGUUCACGAGACCAAUCCAGAGGUUCUCCUCCGUCGGCGCGUCCACAGGAUGCGCCAUGAGACAGGCAAUGAGAAACUUAUUUCCAUAUACGAUGUCAAACAUGGAGAAAAGACUGCUCGAGAGGUAUUCUUCAUCAAUAUGUCGCGUGCCAUCGUGCUCUUCUUCACUGACCCAAGCUGUAUGAUGAUUGGCAUCUAUAUGGCCAUCGUCUAUGGAUAUUUAUAUCUCCUCUUUGUGACAUUUGGAUAUAUCUUUACUCUGAACUAUGGUCAGAGCACAGAAAUUGCAGGCCUUCAUUACAUUGCUCCAGGUAUUGGACAACUCCUUGGAGCAGCAUUUGCCAGCAUUGCCAUGGACAAAAUCUUCAUUACCCUCAAGAAACGACACAAUGGCGAGGGGAGACCAGAAUUCCGGGUCCCAUUAAUGUUCAUUGCCUCAAUCCUAAUGCCCGCUGGUCUGUUCAUCUAUGGGUGGUGUGGAAAGUAUCACACUCACUGGAUCGCGCUCGACAUUGGAGUUAUGAUAUUUGGCUUUGGCACCAUUGUGUGCUUCCUUGCUCUCAACACAUAUCUCUUGGACGCAUUUACAUAUGCUGCUUCUGCAGUUGCAGCUACCACGGUCAUUCGAUCCAUUGCCGGCGCUCUAUUCCCAUUGUUUGGUCAAGCAAUGUUCGACAAGCUUGGACUUGGUUGGGGGAACAGUCUCCUAGCGUUUAUCGCGCUUGUUCUUGGAACUGUAUAUCCUAUCUUCCUCUGGUACUAUGGACCGGCCAUUCGAGCAAGUGGCAAGAGCGAGCGAUGA